CAGCUGUUUAUUGCAUCACAUAUUCCCGGAAAGUUAAACUGUUUGACAGGCAAGUAAUUUCCAUCCUAACUAUGCUUGUUUGAAAACCUCUAGUAUCGACAAAAAAAAACAUGAAGCUAUUACGGACAACAUUGCUAGCAUUUCUAUAUCUUUCAGUACAGAUUUAUGCUCAAGAAAGUACAACGAUUGAUUAUAAAGUCUUUAAGAGUAGCAUAAAAGAGGGCUAUGGCAUUCGAUCUGUCAGCCCGAAUCUAUGUGAUCCUAAUGUGACACAGUAUUCAGGCUAUUUCGAUAUGGGACCGGAUCAUCAAUACUUUUUUUGGUUCUUUGAAAGCCAAAAUGAGCCUGAGACAAAGCCAUUGACAGUAUGGCUAAAUGGAGGACCUGGAUGUUCUAGCAUGAUAGGACUGUGGCAAGAAAAUGGUCCUUGUAGAAGCCAAGAAAAUGGAACUAAAAUUGAAUACCAUCCUUACACUUGGAAUCGAUACGCAAAUAUGCUUUUUAUUGACCAGCCCACAGGCAGUGGCUAUUCGUAUGGAAACAACUCUGCUAGUCGUGUACAAGAUGCCGCAGAAACAUUUUACGAUGCAAUUCACCUAUUUUAUGAAGCUUUUCCAAAAUAUAAGCAACUUCCUUUUCAUAUAUUUGGCGAGUCAUUUGCUGGACGAUAUAUUCCUAUUUUUGCUGACUAUAUUGCCAAAAGAAACCAAAACUCAACAAACUUGAUACCCUUAGAAUCUGUUGGUAUUGGAAAUGGUUGGACAAACCCUUUAUUACAAAUGAAAUCUAAUUCGGAAAUGGCAUGCAAUUCCAGCUAUGGUCAGUUGUUACCUACUUCUAUUUGUGAAAGAAUGAGAAGGAACUACAAUGUAUGCGCUCGAUAUAUUGAAGCUUGCUAUGCUUCAGAUACCACGGAAGAUUGUACUGCAGCAGACCGAUACUGUUCAAGAAACAUCGAUGCCCUUUUUAAUAGGUCUGGAAGAAAUGUGUACGAUGUCAGAAGAAUAUCCAGUUCAAUUGAACCUCCUGAAGACUUUAUUACCUUAUUGAAUCGCCCAGAUAUACAACAAACUUUGGGUGCAGAGCCAAGAAAAUUUGAGCAAUGUUCGGAUAGACCUUACGAAGCUAUGAUUUAUACAGGAGAAGGUAUGCGAAAUUCGUCACCAUGGAUUGUUUCUCUAUUGACUCAAGGCAUAAGAGUUUUACACUAUGCUGGAGAUGCGGACUACCUUUGUAAUUGGUACGGUGUUCAUGCUUUAACACUGGAUCUUAAAUUCAACGGUAGCGAGCAAUUUAGUAACGAUACUCUAAAGCCUUGGAUAAUUCAAGGCAAAGAAGCAGGUCAAAUCCAACGUUCCGAUUUACUCACAUUUAUCCGUGUAUAUGAAGCAGGCCAUGAAGUUCCUUAUUAUCAACCUGUUAAUGCACUCGGCAUGUUUUAUGAAUGGAUCACAGGCCAAACGUUUAAUGAUCAAUAGUCUAUAUUAAUUCUAUACUAUAAAUAUACAAAUGCAUACACUGGGGUAAAAAGAAAAUUAUCUACAGCUUCAUCUUUUUGUUCUUCUUUGAUACAGGCUUCUUUUUGUUUCCACUGC